AUGUCGCUGCCAAUAUCAACCAUCUCUCCUCCUGGCUCGCCACCCUCACCAGCCAUGAGCAUGGAAAGCAUCCACGAUUUUCAAUUCGACACCGCCAUGCAACUGGCGCGGCGCAAGAUCAAGGUCAUGAUUGUCGACGACAACUCCAUCAACCUUUCAAUCCUCUCCAGGAUGCUCAAAGUGCACUUUUCAGAGACCGUCGAACUUGUUGCAGUGAUGACUUCGGGUCUUGAUGCGCUCGACAGACUCAACCAGGAGCAGAUUGAUCUCAUCCUCAUGGACAUCGACAUGCCUGUCCUUACUGGUGUUGAGACAACAGUAGCCAUCCGUCAAAUAACUUCGGAGUACCCGAUCCUGAAAGAGAACCAGAAAGUACCCAUCAUUGCAGUCACGACCAGCGACCACGCAGUUCAACGCGAGAUGUACCAGCGGGUCGGCAUGUGCGACUGUGUCAGCAAACCCAUUUCACUCUCGAAGCUGCGCCUGGCAAUUGAGAACGCGAUAACUUUGAUGGGUCACAUUGCGCCUGGUUGA